AACAAGUGCAGCUAACUUCAGGUUGGUGUGGUUUUGUCAACAAAUAGGUUGAUCUAUUUUUGUGUUCUUUAAUAAUAAUUGAGAAAUAAUUCGAUAAAAUGGGUAAAAAGGCAGAAGUAGGUACUCCCAAGUACCUGGCAAAUAAAAUGAAAGCCAAAGGUCUGCAAAAGCUUCGAUGGUAUUGUCAAAUGUGUCAGAAACAGUGCAGAGAUGAAAAUGGUUUCAAGUGCCAUACAACCUCUGAAUCUCACCAAAGACAACUACUGUUGUUUGCAGACAACUCCAAAAAGUAUAUAGAUGACUUCUCAUUUGAUUUCGCGAAGGGAUAUAUGGAGAUCCUUCGAAGACAAUUUGGUACAAAAAGAGUCAAUGCUAACAGAGUCUAUCAAGAAUACAUACAUGACAGGGAUCAUGUCCACAUGAAUGGUACUAGAUGGGUGACACUUACUGGAUUUGUUAAAUGGUUAGGUAAAACUGGACAAGCUGUUGUUGACGAAACAGAGAAAGGUUGGUACAUCACUUACAUAGAUAGAAGUCCCGAGACGGUAGAAAAGGCAGAAUCGAAAAAGAAAAAAGAGAAAAUGGAUAAGAACGAUGAAGAGAAGCAAAUAGAGUUUGUAGAGAAGCAGGCUAGAUUAGCACAAGAGAAGGCAGGGCCAUCAGUGGAACCAAUCUAUACAGAAUUAGUGAGGGAAAAUGAAGAAGAGGUUCUUAAAUUAGAUAUUAAAUUAAAAAACGAUAGAUUAGUAGCACCUGUUGUACAAAAUGUGUUUAAAGCUCCAAGUUCCAUUCCUUCGGAUACAAAAAAGAGGAAACUUGAAGAGAAAAAGAAGUCAGCUUUAGACGAACUUAGGGAAUCUGAAGAAAAUAAGAAGGAGAAGAGAAACAGAAAAGACUACUGGAUAACGGAAGAUAUUAUAGUGAAAAUAAUUACUAGAAAUUUGGGUGACGAAUAUUAUAAAGAAAAGGGUGUAGUGAGACAAGUGAUUGACAAGUAUGUAGCUAUAGUGAAACUUAUUGAUAGUGGAAAAAAAAUUAAAAUAGACCAGGAACAUUUGGAAACUGUAAUACCAGCUUUAGGAAAACUGGUUAAAGUUGUUAAUGGUGCUUAUAGGGGUGAAACCGCUAUUUUGUUAAAUGUUGAUGAGAAAAACUUUUGUGUAGACAUUGAAAUACACAAUGGGGUAUUAAAAGGGAGGAAAGUUAGUGGAGUUCAAUAUGAGGAUAUAUGUAAACUAAAUGAUCAAUAAUUUUUUUGCUAAUGAUGAACUCAUAGUGGCAUAAUUCGGCUGCCCCAAGUAGAAACACUACAUAUCCAUUUUUUUCAAAAUCACUUUUAUUGCAUUUUUGGAUUUAGGGCGUUGUUAUCUACCAAUUACCAAGGAAGAAAAAAAUAAAAAAUUAGUAGAACUACAAUUUAACAUUGCUAUGAAACACAUUAUAUCACAUUCCAUCUUCCCUUCACCAAUUUAAAACACAUUAUAUCCAUACCCCCAAGUAUAAACACUAUAAAUACGGGAUAUACAGUGUUUUUAUUUGGUUUUUGGGAUUUACAGUGAUUUACCCUGGGAAUCGCAUGGUUUACAUUUUACAUUCGCCAAGACCAUUGAUAUUACCCAGGCAAUUUUUAGUUGUUUGUUAGUUAUUGAUGGUUAUUGUGAUAAGUGCAGUAGAAAUUUGUUGUGUAGGUAUAAAAUAUUUAAGUUUACCUAUUGUAUUAAUUAUUUAAAAUAUAUUUUUAAAAUUAAACUGGGUGUUACCAAUUAAUUAUCAAAUAUGAAUAAAAAUCGAAUAAUAUUUUGACCUGCUGAAUUCGAAUUUAUAACUUUCUUUUGAGCCGGAAGUGACGAGAAUUUUAUAAACAAUUUAAUUGUUUAAGUAAUUAUAAUUCGUAAAGUAACAAAUAUAAAGUCUUUACGAAAUUAAUUUGGUUCUUAAAAAAAUCUACAAAAUAAUGUUUGGUAAACCUUGACCAAUAAUUAGAAACACAGAUGCUGCAGAAACAUUGCAAAAUUACAGAAUUUAGUCGAUUUUUCACUUGUAAGUCGGCUGAAUUUUGAGUAAGAUAACUUUAUAAUAGCCCAAAUUAAUAAAAAAAAAACUACAAGCUGUAAAACUAAACCUUAAUAUAAAUAUUAAAUAGGUAUACAAAGUUAUAAGAAUAAAGGAAAAUUUUUUAUUAAAAACUGCAUAAUAUAAGUUGUUUAUAUAGAGAAUUUAAUAUAAUUUGUAUAAAUAUGUACCUAUACAAAAAUAAUAGAGAAACUUAUUUCUUUGAUGCCUGAAAACAGAUGAUCUUUUUGGCGUAAUUGGUCAGUCUCAGAGACACUAGUGGACAAGCUUUUCCAUAACCCUGGAUGACAGCAAUUACAUGACCCAGACACUGACCAUUUAAUUGUUGCAUUUUGUUAUAUAUUUGUUAAAGGAACUUGAAUAAAGUAUCAUUUGUGGUACUUAAUAUCUUUAAAAAGUGGGAAAUUUUAUACUAUAUUUUCAGAUUUCCUAAAUAAAAACACUGUAUGUGUUCAAAACCUAGUCAGGAAAUAAAAUUCAGAGAUAAAAAUAUUUACUAAAAAACAGGAGUAUUUUUUAUUAAAUUAAUGUGUGCUCACUUUUAUUUAAAAGAAAAUAGUAAUUUGAAAAGUUGAGUCCUUUACGUUUUCUACUCUGGUGAACAUUUUUCGAAUUGGCGCUUACAGUGUUUCUACUUGGGACAGCCGUUAUGAAAUUUCCAAUGUAUAAUGGAAUGAAAUGACAUCUAAUGAUGAAAUUGUUAAAGGUGGCAAUAAGUUCACAUAUUGAAAAGAAUUUGGUCUUCAUUGAAAACAUUUAAAAUAUCUUAUGCCUAACAUGUGUUACUGUUAUCCUUUGUGUUUAUUACUGGCACCUAUUUUGGUAUUUUUGUUUGUAUUUCUGACAUUCUUUAAUUAUUUUGAGAAGGCCUCAAGCUUUCUGCACCAUUCUGUUCUGUCCCUUACAGCAAUCUUCUCAACAUCCUGUGGUUUCAUGUUGAUCCACCUCAGCUUUGGUCUGCCCUGUCUACUUAUUCCCACUGGCUGCACUGUUAAAAUUUUUUUUAUUAUGUUCCUUUCUUAGUCCUGGGCUACAUGUCCUGCCUAAUGCAGAUGGUUUCACUUAUAGUGGUAAUAUAUUUUCCAUCAAACUUAUGCUUGUAGAUAUUCUGUAGUUCAAAGUUAUGUCUAUGCCUCUGUAUUCUGUUUUCACAGACCACUCCAAAUAUAGUAUUGUUCUCUCAAAAGUCAAUAGAGAGGAUUCACCUGUUUUGGUUAGGGUUCCUGCCUCUGAUCCAUAUCUGAGAACUGAAAUUAUUAGUAUUCUAUACAGUCUUGUACUAGUUUUUUAAGACCGACAGUUUUUUUGUUAGCUAAGUACUUUGAUAGACCAUCAUAACAUCUAUUUGCAAUUUAUGAUGAGCUUUUUAUUACCCCUGAUAAGUUAUUAUUGGGGUUAACCAAUGUCCAUAGAUAUAUGAAUUCUUUGACUGCUUUAUUUUGGUUAUUGACAAUUAGAUCUGGGUUAAGGGGCUAGGGGCAAAAUUUUGGUCUAUUGCUAUUUAAAUGCAUUCAUUUUUUUCAAAUCCUAAAAAACUAAUUUAGUUAAAACUAAUUAAAUAAAAGUAUUUUUUGAAAAAUUUAAACAGAAUUAAAGAUUACAUUAUUACUGAGGGCCGAAAGUCCCUGAAAACUUCUACUAUGUUUAUGUUAAUAAGUUACAGGGGUGAAAAAAAGAGAAAAUUUAGUGUGAUUUUUAAUUUUAAAUAUUUCAUUCAAAAGAAACUUUUAGUUUAUUCUAAGGGACUUUCGGCACUCAGUAAUAAUGUAAUCUUUCAUUCUGCAUUUAAAUUUUUCAAAAAUACAUACUAGUUUUCUCAGGAUGCAAAAAAAAUGAAUGCAUUUAAAUAGCAUUGGAUCAAGAUGCGCCUACCCCCUUAACAUACAGUCAUUUGUACAUACAGUUGUAAUAUUUUUGAAGAAACUUGUAUAUAAUUUAGAUUUUUAUAAGAGUAAUUUUUAAGUUUGUAAAUAAAUUUAUAUAUUUAUUUA